UUAAGAGGCUCUUCAGUUUCCUGUCCUCGCAUGAUGUCUCGGGCUGAGAGGACGGGAUCCUGGUGUGUGUGGCAGCCACAGAGAAGCGUCUUCAUCUCCUCCCAUGAACCCCACUGUGACAGGCUGAAAGCAUUCCAACCCAACCUCAGGUCUCAGCCCUGGUGAGGUGAUGCUGGUGUGAGUGAGUCACAGAGUUUCUGAAUGGCGGGCUGGGUUUAUAAACCUCAGCCAGCCCUCAACACAUGAGUUUAGAGGCCACUUGUCUCUGCGGUCUGUCACGUAGGCACAUGCAGCAAAGUCCGACAGCCUCGGCAUCCUUACUUUUCGUCCCGGAGGGCACGGGAGCACAAAGACUCUUCAUCAUGAAGUGCUUCUUCCUACUUCUCUUCUCCCUGUUGUUGGUGUCCCACGGAUCUUCAGCAGUCAUCACAGGGGCCUGUGAGAAGGACUCUCAGUGUGGAGGAGGGAUGUGUUGUGCAGUGAGUUUGUGGAUCCGGAGCCUGCGUAUGUGCACACCCAUGGGACAGGAAGGAGACGACUGUCACCCUAUGAGCCACAAGGUUCCUUUCUUUGGGAAAAGACUCCACCAUACUUGCCCCUGCCUGCCAAACCUGUCAUGCAUCACCACAGAGGAGGGGAGAUCCAAAUGUCUCUCACCAUACAAGUAUCCAGACUACUACCUCUACUACCUCUGAGGACCAACACUUGCAGUUACACUAUUUGCUACCUGCACUGUAACUAUCUGCCUUUAAA